AUGGCUGAUCAGGGAGUAGCGGUCGGGCGCACACCGCCAUUGCCAUCCGCGUAUGCGAACAGCAACGCAUCCGCAUCAUCCCCCAGCAACCCACAACCACCUUCACUCAAGUACACGCUUCGCAACGGCACGCAAGUCACAUGCUCCGGUCCGGCCGAGUUUAUCGGCCCACUUGUCGACCAAGAUGACGGUCUCCCGCUUCCCCCAGGAUGGUCCGUUGGCCGCACGGAGGAAGGCGAUCGCUACUUCAUCGACCACAACACCAUGACAACGCACUGGACACACCCCUUCCUACUGGAUCCAGAGCUGCCUGCUGGCUGGGAGAACGUUCGCGAUCAAAAGGGCGCUGUCUAUCUCGAUCACUUUACAGGCAUCGCCACACGGCAGCACCCAAAGUCGCUUGGCCUGUCGUCACACACCCAGGAUGUGCUGCUCAAGGCAUGCAAACACACAGCGAUUAUGCGGCGCGCAGCGCCCAAGCCGCUCUCAGACGCGUACGAGCUCAACUACACUUGGCUGCAGGACUUUCUUGACGACCCAGAAGGAGUCGCGAGCACGGUGAACUGGGACGAUUUCUCUGCAAUGGACAUUGAUGACCUCAAGUUCUCGCUCGCCGUCGUUUGCGAACAGAAGUUCCUCAACAUGGACGUCAACAACAUCUCCUGCAUCCAGCACAACAUUGACAUGACGCGCAAGCUGCGGCGGGCGCGGGAGGUGCUGCUGCGCCACGGCACGCGGCACGUCUACCACCUCUGA